AAUAAUAGAAGAAGAAUUAGAAGAAGAAAGACUCAACUCUCUCAAAGUCUCAACUCAUCCGUUGGAAUCAUCACUCUCAUUCUCAUUCAUUGAACCCUAAAUCUCAACUCACACACUCACAUAUCUCUCUCUCUCUGUCUUUUGCUCUCAUUUUCGUUUUCAAUGGAGGAUCCGAUGGAGAGGUUGGGAUCGGAGCCGGAUUCGUCGAUCAAGGUCGACAGCGACCUGAGCAUGGAAAUCGACCCGCCGCCGCCGCUCCGCGAGAACGUCGCCACGGCCGAGGACUGGAGGAGGGCGCUCGGCAGGGUCGUCCCCGCCGUCGUCGUCCUCCGCACCAACGCCUGUCGCGCUUUCGACACCGAGUCCGCCGGCGCCAGCUACGCCACCGGCUUCGUCGUCGACAAGCGCCGCGGCAUCGUUCUUACUAACCGACAUGUUGUCAAGCCCGGACCUGUGGUUGCAGAGGCUAUGUUUGUUAACCGUGAAGAAGUUCCGGUGCAUCCUAUAUAUAGAGAUCCUGUCCAUGAUUUUGGCUUCUUUCGUUAUGAUCCUGGUGCAAUCCAGUUUCUGAAUUACGAGGAGAUUCCUCUUGCCCCUGAGGCUGCUUGUGUUGGACUGGAAAUCAGGGUUGUUGGUAAUGAUAGCGGUGAAAAGGUUUCCAUUUUGGCUGGUACUCUUGCUCGAUUAGAUAGAGAUGCUCCUCAUUAUAAAAAGGAUGGCUACAAUGACUUCAAUACAUUCUACAUGCAAGCUGCAUCUGGGACUAAAGGUGGUUCUAGCGGUUCCCCAGUUAUUGAUUGGCAAGGCAGAGCGGUGGCCUUGAAUGCUGGGAGCAAGUCAUCAAGUGCAUCAGCAUUUUUUUUGCCUUUAGAACGAGUUGUGAGGGCAUUGAAGUUUCUCCAGAAGGGCUGUGACUCUUAUGUAAAUAAAUGGGGGCCAGUUUCCAUACCCCGGGGUACGCUUCAGGUAACAUUUGUUCAUAAAGGAUUUGAUGAGACACGUCGGCUUGGUCUACAAAGUGAAACAGAGCAGAUGGUGCGGAAUGCAUCUCCACUAGGGGAAACUGGCAUGCUCAUCGUUGACUCUGUGGUCCCAGGUGGCCCGGCUCAUAAGCAUUUGGAGCCAGGAGAUGUGCUUGUUCGUGUGAAUGGGGAAGUAAUUACCCAAUUCCUGAAGUUGGAGACUUUAAUUGAUGACAGUGUCAACCAGAACCUUGAAUUACAAAUAGAAAGGGGUGGCAUACCAUUGACUGUCAGCUUGAUGGUCCAGGAUUUACAUUCAAUAACUCCCGAUUACUUCCUAGAAGUAAGUGGUGCGGUGAUACACCCUCUUUCAUAUCAACAGGCUAGAAAUUUCCGUUUCAAUUGUGGUCUUGUAUAUGUUGCAGAACCAGGAUAUAUGCUCUUUAGGGCAGGAGUUCCUCGCCAUGCCAUCAUUAAGAAAUUUGCGGGUGAAGAAAUAUCAUGUCUUGAGGAACUAAUUUCAAUUUUGUCCAAGCUGUCUAGGGGUGUUCGAGUACCAUUGGAGUAUAUAAGCUACACGGAUCGUCACCGAAGGAAGUCUGUACUUGUCACAGUUGAUCGGCAUGAAUGGUAUGCCCCUCCACAGAUAUACACUCGUGAUGAUAGCACUGGUCUAUGGACUGCAAAGCCAGCUUUUCAAACUGACUCCCUUCUACCAUCCUCUGGUAUCAAUGAUGUUGGGGCUCUGGCAAGCCAGACAAUUUCAAUGGGUGGUGAGGGUAAUUUUAUAGAACAUAUACAUCAAAGUAACGGCCAGGAGUUGACUGAUGGUGUUACUAGUAUGGAAACAAAUUGUGAAGAUGCUUCUGAUGAAGCACGUCCUGGGAAUGACCCUGUUGGAUUAAAGAAACGACGAGUGGAAGAGGAUUUGUCUGCUGAAGGCAAUGUUGUUGCUGAUUGUUCCUUGCCUGAAACCAGAGAAGUGAAGUUGGAGGAUCCUAAUACUAUGCAAAAUGAUAUCUUAAGAGAGUUUCAAGGUGCAACGGUGACAGCAGCUAAUGCUUCAUUUCCUGAACGUGUGAUAGAGCCCACUCUUGUAAUGUUUGAGGUCCAUGUGCCACCAUCAUGUAUGCUUGAUGGUGUGCACUCACAACAUUUUUUUGGGACUGGUGUCAUUAUACAUCAUUCUCAAAGCAUGGGACUUGUCGUGGUUGACAAGAACACAGUUGCAAUAUCUUCAUCCGAUGUGAUGCUGUCCUUUGCUGCUUUUCCAAUUGAAAUACCUGCGGAGGUGGUUUUUCUCCAUCCUGUUCAUAAUUAUGCUCUCAUUGCAUAUGAUCCCUCUGCUCUGGGAGCUGUUGGCGCCUCAGUUGUGCGUGCUGCUGAACUACUUCCAGAGCCUACAUUACGUCGUGGUGACUCUGUUUAUCUUGUGGGGUUGAGUAGAAGCCUCCAAGCAACAUCCAGAAAAUCCAUUGUGACCAAUCCAUGUGCUGCAUUGAAUAUUGGCUCAGCUGAUUGUCCACGGUACAGAGCAACCAAUAUGGAAGUCAUCGAGCUUGAUACUGAUUUUGGUAGUACUUUUUCGGGGGUGUUAACUGAUGAACAAGGAAGGGUCCAAGCUAUCUGGGGAAGCUUUUCAACUCAGGUUUCCACUCGGUCCAAAAAAAAGAAAAUGAAAAAGAAAAAAACUAAGUUGAAAUUUGGUUGCAAUUCGUCUGAGGAUCAUCAAUUUGUCAGAGGAAUCCCGAUAUAUACAAUCAGCCAAGUCCUUGACAAAAUCUUAUCUGGUGCACAUGGGCCACCUCUUCUCAUAAAUGGUGUCAAAAAGCCAAUGCCACUUGUUAGAAUUUUAGAGGUUGAACUUUAUCCUACAUUGCUAUCAAAGGCCCGAAGUUUUGGACUGAGCGAUGAUUGGGUGCAAGCACUUGUCAAGAAAGAUCCAAUUAGACGACAGGUUUUACGUGUGAAAGGUUGUUUGGCUGGAUCAAAAGCUGAAAAUUUAUUAGAACAAGGAGACAUGGUCUUGGCAAUCAACAAAGAGCCAGUUACAUCCUUCCUUGACAUAGAAAAUGCUUGCCAAGCAUUAGACAAAUGUGACAACAAUGAUGGGAAGCUUAACAUGACCAUUUUUCGGCAGGGACGUGAAAUCGAUGUUCUUGUGGGGACAGAUGUUAGGGAUGGCAAUGGCACAACACGUGUGAUAAAUUGGUGUGGGUGUAUUGUUCACGAUCCUCAUCCAGCAGUUCGUGCUCUUGGAUUUCUUCCUGAAGAAGGUCAUGGUGUGUAUGUGUCAAGGUGGUGCCAUGGCAGUCCAGUGCAUAGGUAUGGUCUGUAUGCACUUCAGUGGAUUGUUGAAGUUAAUGGGAAACUGACUCCUGAUUUAGAUGCUUUUGUUAAUGUGACAAAGGAAUUAGAACAUGGGGAGUUUGUCCGUGUACGAACAAUUCACCUGAAUGGGAAGCCUCGAGUACUAACGUUGAAGCAGGACUUGCACUACUGGCCUACAUGGGAGUUGAGAUUUAAUCCUGACACUGCAAUGUGGCGGCGUAAGGUAAUCAAGUCAUUAGGAAGCAGUAAUGCCUGAAAUAAGCAUUAUCAUCUGGCUGGACAGAUUUCCUUGGGGGAGGAAGGACCAUAUGAGCAUAAAGUGUGUAACGACUGAACUGUACUGACCUAUCCAUGGUUAAAGGAGUGACAAACAGGUGCUGCAGCCUUCUGGUAGGACAUGGUUAUUUUGGAAUGGAGCUGGGCUAACAUGGUUUUUCAACAAAGAGAGGACCGUAAAAGGCACAUUUUAUUUUGGCGGGCACAGCUAUAUUCAUAAAGUGUCCAGUCAUUUUAUGUUUAAAGAUGAUUAUAUACUGAAUAGUUAUACAAGUGAAUUGUUACUGAAAUACAAGUGAAUUAGCGAAUGAAUUCAUCUGAGAAAAAAAUGUUGGAUAAAAGAAAGUAAAAAUCAUUAUUAUUAUCUA